UUUCCCGCUACAUUUAGCUACAUGCAACUGUUAAGUGCACCGUCUUUUUUCCGGGAGGUAUUAAUUGGACACUACAUUCCACUGUGUUUCCACUUGCACUGAAAGUGGCUAAGACAUUUACUCAGUUGAUGCAGCAACCCAGUUCUUUGGUUAUCCAGUAUCAGCCAAGAUGGCAGACUCCUCUCCAUCAGGAGCUACUGCGAUUUCUGCCUGGUUCUCUCAACUCUCAGAUGCAAUAAAAGACUCUUUUCUAAGCCUUGGCCCCAAACCGACCUCCAGCCAAGGGCCGGAUAGUGGGGAGGAGAGGCUUCAGGCCCUCCACACCCAGCUGGCCUUGCGAGGCCUGGACAUUGGGUCUGAGGCUGGCCGUUUGGAGCGUCUGACGCCCAUCAGUGAGGAGGCAGAAGAGCUGGAAAGUAAGAGAGGUGAUUCAAGUUCACACCGCUGCAGCACUGUAAACAGUUACGGAGAUGAUGGUGAGGUGACCAGCUCCUCGGACAGUGAGGACGAGAUCGUGAAGCGCUUCGAAAUCUCCGUCUCUCGAUCACAGAGCUUCCGCUCUGGAGUCGCGGAGGCUGAGGCCCAAAGCACACCUGGGCGACACCACAAAUUCAAACGACUCCUGCCAGACCAGGAAGAGGGCAGCACCGAGCCUUCAGACUUCGAAGACGCUGACCAGGUGAGCAGGCAGAGCUUCCAGGACCCUCUGUCCUGCCAAAGUCGUGAAGGGUCCCAGCGGAGGGAUCCCCUGUCCCGGACCCUCCUCCAGCGGGAACUGACCCCCAGUGACCCUCUGACUGAUCCUCUGUCCGUGAGAGGUGACGUGGUGUCCAUGUGCUCACAGGACACAGGGAACGGGUCCGAGGCCCUUCACAGAGAGGAGAGGCGCCAGACUCCGCUGCCCAGUCUGGAGAUGGACAUGGCCAUGGAUAACCAGGGUUACGACAAUGAGGCCACAGACAGCUCCUCCACUUGGAGCCCUGAGCAGGAGCGUUCAGGCAGCAGAAGUUCUCUGUCCCGUCCUGCCACUGCCUCGCCCCGCCUCCCCAUCUCCAAAUGCGGCGACCUCAUCGUCGUCCUUGACUACCGCCCCGAUACCUUCAAGCUCCUGGUUACCGUGGUAAUGGCCCAGGGCAUUCCCGACAAGGCCCGGAGUGGCAUGGACUCCUGGCAGGUGCACGUGGCCCUGUUGCCUGGAAAACGUCAACGCUACAAGACGGCAGUGCAACGAGGGUCAGCGCCCCGAUUUGGGGAAACGUUCCGGUUCUCACGGCUGGAGCCGUCCGAGCUCAGGUCGUCUGCACUGCGCUUCCGUCUGUACGCGCUAGGCAAGAUGAACAGAGACAGAAUGAUGGGGGAGACCAUCUACAGGCUCAGCAAACUCAGCACUGACACAGGACAGAUGGAGGCCACACUAGUGCUUGAACCUCGCAGCAACCUGAGGGCUAUAGACUCUCAGGUGUCUCUGAGUGCUCAGAGUGAUAGUGCUUCCUCCAGUCAGUCUCUGUCUCAUGGUGGAGUUCCUGAGCUGUUGCUGGGUUUGGCCUACAACGCCACUACUGGCCGCCUUUCUGUCGAGGUCAUUAAAGGGAGCCACUUCCGCAACCUGGCACUCAACCGGCCCCCAGAUACAUACGGCAAACUGACCCUGCUGAACUCCAUGGGUCAAGAGAUCUCUCGCUGUAAGACAUCGGUGCGGCGUGGGCAGCCCAACCCCGUCUUCAAGGAGACCUUCGUCUUCCAGGUGGCGCUCUUCCAGCUGUCCGAUGUCACCCUCAUGGUUGCAGUCUACAACCGCCGCAACAUGAAGCGCAAGGAGAUGAUUGGCUGGCUGGCGCUGGGCCAGAACAGCAGUGGUGAGGAGGAGGCGCUGCACUGGCAGGACAUGAAGGAGAGCAACAACCAGCAAGUCUGCCGCUGGCACACGCUCCUGGAGGCCUAGCGGAACGAGGGACAGAGCGAUGGAUGGAUGAAGAAAGGGUUGGAAAUGGUUGGACACCUGACAGAACAUGUAGGCAAAGGGACGCCCGCGGAAUCUGGAAGUUCCAGAUGUUUCUGAUGGCCUACAAAGAACUUGUGGUGGGAAGGGAAGUUUAUUUAAAGCAAGGGAUCGCCCAAAGAUCAAAUACGAGUUUUCGUCUUAUCCCAGAUGUAGUCGAUCAGCUAAGACAUGUUGAGUGUUAGAAGAUUGCUUUUCCGUGGCUGUGACACUGUUUUAAUCUGACGAUAUAUUAUUCUCCUUAUUAUUAUUUCUCUACUGGAUUUUUGUCCGCUAACUGGUCCCGGUGUUUUCGAGAUCUAAUUGGGAAUGGAUGAUCAGGCAUAAUGGUGGACCUAUGCGGCCAGAAAGUUUGAGCAGCCUUCUUAUGUCAACAUGACCGAAGGUCACUAGCAACAUCCUAGCAUCCAUAGCAACUGCCUAGCAACAAGCAGCUACCUGGGAUAUCAUAGCAACUACCUACAAACACCCUUAGCAACCAGCAGAAAUACCAUAGUGAUGAGUUAGCAACACCUUAGCAACCACCUGGAUACCACUAAAGAUACCAUAGCAACCGGUCAGCUCAGGGGUCGGCAACAUGUGGCUCCGGAGAUGCAUGCGGCUCUUUUACUGUCCUGCUGCGGCUCUACAGCAGAAUUAUAUUUGUAGGUAAAA